AUGCGUCUUAUCAAUACGACGACAUUUGCGCUCGAAGAAUUCCUGAGCGCGGACGAUGAGCAUCCCUACGCGAUCCUCUCUCAUACUUGGGACGAGGAUGAGGUAACCUUCCAAGACUGGGAGAAUCUGGGUCCCGAGGUGCGCCGUCAGAAGAAAGGCUUCGCAAAGAUCGAACAGACGUGCAUCAUUGCGAAGCAGCGAGGGCUCCAGUAUGCCUGGGUCGACACCUGCUGCAUCAACAAAGAGAGCAGUGCGGAACUGACCGAGGCCAUCAACUCCAUGUUUGCCUGGUAUCAGCAGGCGACUUUCUGCUUGGUUUACCUAUCCGACCUGCCUGCUCACGAGCCCAGCUUCCCGGACCCACUGCUCCCGGCGUGCCGGUGGUGGACGAGGGGAUGGACGCUGCAGGAGCUAAUCGCUCCGAGGAACCUAAACUUUUAUGAUUGCGAGUGGAACGACCACGGAGGGAAGCGCAUGCGGAGCGAAGAGGUGUCCAAGAUCACAGGCAUCGACCUGGCCGCCCUGGAAAACAUCAAUUCUUUGAAGAGUAUGCCGGUGGGCAGGAAAAUGUCGUGGGCCGCCCUGCGCCAGACUACUCGUGAGGAGGACAUGGCGUACUGUUUGUUGGGGAUCUUCGACGUCAACAUGAGUUUGAUUUAUGGGGAACGGGGGAAGGCCUUCACCCGCCUCCAGGAGGAGAUAUUAAAAAAGACCAAUGACAUGACCCUAUUCGCCUGGACAUGUCAAAAGCAGGGACAACAGUCAAAGCCUUCCUCCACAUUAACACCCAAAGGAUGCAAGAGCCAGAUGUACAGAGGCAUACUUGCUCGAUCUCCGGUGGAAUUUGUAAACUGCCGGGAGGUGAUGCCGGAUCAUGCUCUGCAGCUGAACAAGGAGUCUGCCCUGACAAACUCUGGAUUACGGAUCAAG